AUGGCUAGUACCGACCUCAUUGCUCCUAUCAUCGUGGCCAUCAUCAGUCUGAUUGGCUCUUGUCUCAGUGUUCUCCUGAGCUGGCACAGUCAAAAGAAAUCCCUCGAAAAGUCUUCGGACCUGUUAAAAGAACAAGACAUUCAGACUAGAAAGCUCGAAGAAAUGAAGAGCUCUCAGGCUAUGGAGCUCGAACGAGUGAGGAGCUCCCAGACUACAGACCUCGAACAACUCAAGAGCUCUCAGACUACAAGCCUUGAACAACUCAAGAACCAGUGGGCUGCGGACAUGAAAAAAUUCGAGUCUGAACUCGCACGUAUGGAGAUCGUAUCCAACUUAACGGACAAAUAUAGCCAGCCACUCAUCAUGGCAGCAUAUGAUUUGCAGCAGCGACUGUUCGACUUGGUCGAGUACCCUAUUAGCCGGCAGCAUCUCGAGAAACCUGAAGGCCUCCAGGACUUGAAGAAAUUUACAUGCUAUCUCCUCGCGCGGUACUUGGUUGCUGUUCAUAUCAUGCGCACUAAUACUGGAUACCUGUCUUUUUCUACAAAGCCUGAAGAAAAAGCGUUGCGCAAGAUCAUGUAUCUGAUUGAUGAGGAGCUGGACCGACGGCGAACGCGAUGUCCGGAUUCCAAAAAUAUUGGCGUAUGGCCUGCAGCUCGGAUUUUGAUAUCUGAGCGGAUGAUUAUCGGCAGGAGCGAGGUGAACAGUGCGCUGGACGGAGGCUUUGGAUACAACAUCAAAGGACUUGAUAGGUUCCUCGAUGAAUGGGACGAAAAAUUCAAAGAACCGAUGGGGUAUUUCUGCGAAACAAUCGACAUGAUGGUAGAGGAUCGAAUCAGGGUUGUACAUUGGUGCGAUUGUGCUUUGCGAGUCUUGCAGCACCUUCUCGUCGAUCUCGUCAAACGCUUAGAUUUGGAGAAGGCGUAUGUUACAGAUGAACCCAACGACAUGAAAUGCGAAAAGUCAAUGAGGGGCUGUGACUGCGACAGAGACGGUUGCGGAAGUGGCGAGAAUUUGGAUCGUACUCUACUGGAUCGUCAAAACAGUCGAUGGAAUGAUCCAGGUCUAUGGACUAAAACGGGACUCAAUCGGGCCAAGUAUACGGAUAAUUUCAAAAACUAUGAUCCCAAUUCGGCCAAGGAUUAUUCUGUAGAGGAGCUGAAGGAGAUGACGCAUCGCAUCGAAAUAGAUUAA